AUGAUUCGUUUAUCUUCAUUACUUAAUCUUAAUCGUCUAUUUCAAUUAUCAUCGAUUCUUAUUUUUAAACAGUUAUUUACAUCAGAAGCAUCUACAAUAACAACAGAUAAACAAGGAAAAAUUCUUAUUAAUUUAGCUGGUGAUGUUAUGAUCGAACGUGCUCCACAGUUUAGUGAACGAGUUCGUAAACGAAAAGAAACAUGUUGA